AUGGAUCAACCAGCUACAUUGAAAAAAAGAUUUUUUUUUCGCUCUGCCCGUUUCCUGUCUGCUUUGGGCAAAGAAAGAGGUGUAUGCAUCGAGGAGGCUAUUGAUCUAAAACGAGGAUCAACUAAAAUGGAAAUCGCCCUACGGAGGCUACUGCUCACUGAAGCUCGUGUGGUUAUCGUUCUGCUUGGUGACAAAAACUGGAUCGAGUUGAUGAAAGCAUUGCGAAGCGAAUUGGUGAUUGCCGGACGUUUCAUCUUCUUCUCUCCACAAGAAGCUCGUUGGACGUCGUCGAAGCAAUUCUUGGAACAAUGGCCUCAUUUUGAUCAGUUGCUAUUGACUGUAACAGCAGAAAAACCAAGAGAUCAAUUGCGACUGAACCAGCUGGAAUCAAAAUUUACUCGUUUGCCUUUCCCACAGCAUUGGCUGAAACAGUUUUGGGCAACUGCAUUUCAGUGUCAUAUCGAUGGUGAAGCCACACCUGGAGAGCAGUUUUCAAAAGAAUGUUCUCCUAUACAAAUGCUCAACGUUAGCGCUAUCACUCCAGACGUCGAUAUUGCCCCCAUCUCUAUUGCGGUAACAGCGAUCGCCCACGCUACUAGAAAAUUAGUGGACAACAUAUGCCCAGGUGCACUUAUCCAACGGCUCAGCGACUGUAUAAAUGAUCCACAGGAUGCAUUAUUCUCCACAAUUCACACACUAUAUCUGUCACAUCCUAUGUCAUCAGAGCCCGUGACUUUCAAUGAUACAACAUUUUCCCGAGAUCACACACUAAUUGUGAAUCGGGUACUUUUCGAUGCACAACUCGAAUAUGAAUCAAUCGCUAGAUGGGACCAUGUUCAUGGAUUCGAUUAUACAGCUGCAUCAGAACUUGUUAUGGAAGAACGUGAUGGCUCUAGAGCGCCAUUGAAAUCUACGUGUCCUAGAUCGACUUGCUCAGCUGAUGUGACAAGGCGAGCGCUAGCCGGAGUUGUUCCAAGCGUUAAAGACUCUCUCAAAAGUAUUGGAGUUUUGAUUUAUGCCAUUUGCGCAGGCCUUGCAUUCUUUGUUUGCCUCAUGUGUAUGUAUCAAAAAGUAGUUUGCCGAAUAAGCGACGCUUACAGGAUAUGCACAGCCUACACCUUUGGAGGUUUGUCGAUGCUUUGCCUUAUUUCCAUCACAUUCUUUAUGGCUCCAAAUCCAUUCGCUUGUUUCUCGCGAAAAAUUCUCUUCCCAGUUGCUGUAAUAACCAUAUUUGGCCCUAUAGCAGUGAAGAGCAUCUGUAUAUGGCAUGCUGAUCUUCUCACUGCACGUGGCGAACAUCGUCAAGCAGCUGUUCGACACUCUGUGCUUACUUUCUGGGUUUGCGCCGCUAUCGUAAUGAUCCAAAUUGUAAUCUCAUCGGAAUGGGCCAUAUUUGAAUCGGCAAUGGAUUUGACAUAUGUCGUAUCAGAGCGCCACGGAAAUGCCUGGAGAUGCACACCGGGUAAUGACUCUGAGCAUCGCAUUAUCUGGUCAUGUGCUUUGAGCGGAAUUAUGGUUGUAGUGUCUCUUGUGUGUUCGACACUUAGCGUUCGUCACUCGCAAAGUCGUCAGAAUAUUCUGAUCUCGGUGUUGGCAGUAAUGUUCGCAGCAGCACUCUACAUUUCACUACCUUUACUGAGUUUUCAAGCAAGAGAUUUCACAUGUGCUGCGAUGCAAUUGACGCUCUGCUUUUUGGUUAUUGUGAUCUCGUACUGUCAACAAGCGUUCGCAUCUGAUGACAACGAAUCCAGCAAUGUUUCACUUGUUCCAAGCACCAUUGGACGAUCGCAACAGAUACAACCGUUUUGGGUGGAAGCAUCAGUGACUCUAACGAAUUCUCAGAAGCAGGCUAUCUACGACAACUAUCAUGGCAACCACAUUUCAGCUACUCGCUCAGAAAAACCAGGUGUCACAGUUCCGAACAUUUCAACCGCGAAGGAGCGACCGGCUGUGCGACAGAUCUCCAUCGCUGAAAAAUACGACAUACCGCCCUCUACGAUUUCCAAGUAUGGACAGCAUGAAUACGCAGCCGAUAAUGAUAGCGAAGAAGAACAAAAUGCGAGACUCUGACGCGCGAAUCGAAGCGUAUCUUCCACGAUGUAUCACUUGAACCAAAUAAUUUAUUACUUUUAUUGGUUGAUCGC